AUGAGUUCUUCACCGAACACUCUUGUGAGAAAAAUAAGUCCAAAUGUUGUCCUUGAUCUCCAACCUGAUAGAAUUAGGUUACCUAUUCCUGGCGAGCGGAACGUAUUAGUCACUAGCGCGCUGCCCUAUGUUAAUAAUGUACCUCAUUUGGGAAAUGUUAUUGGAAGUGUCCUAAGUGCAGACGUGUUUGCAAGAUAUUCGCGUUCUCGUAACUAUAAUACGUUAUACAUUUGUGGUACUGACGAAUAUGGGACUGCCACAGAGACAAAAGCUCAAGAAGAAGGAAUCUCGUGUCAAGAACUUUGUGACAAAUACCAUUCCAUUCAUGCAAACGUUUACAAGUGGUUCGAUAUAAAAUUCGAUUAUUUUGGCCGGACUACAACUCAGCAGCAAACUGAUAUUUCACAAGACAUCUUUUUACAAUUGCACAAAAAUGGAUAUCUUAGUGAAGAUAUCGUGAUUCAAUUAUUCUGCGAAAAAUGUCAACGGUUUCUUGCGGAUCGUUUCGUAGAAGGAACCUGUCCUAAAUGUGGCUAUGAGGAUGCGCGAGGAGAUCAAUGUGAUCUUUGUGGUCAACUUCUUAACUCUGUAGAACUUAUAAACCCACGAUGUAAAACAGAUAGUAGUACACCUAUUACAAGAAAAUCGGAACACAUGUUUUUAGACUUGACAAAGUUACAACCAAAAGUUGAGAAUUGGAUAGAAAAGGCUAGUGUUGAGGGUAAAUGGUCAGCUAAUAGUAAAAAUAUUACACAAUCUUGGCUUAAAGAAGGGUUAAAACCUCGUUGCAUUACACGUGAUCUUAGCUGGGGCACUCCGGUGCCACUUGAAGGAAUGAAAGGAAAGGUGUUUUAUGUUUGGUUUGAUGCUCCUGUUGGUUAUCUAUCUAUAACGGCAAAUUACACGAAUGAAUGGGAAAAAUGGUGGAAGAAUCCGGAUCAGGUCAAACUAUAUCAAUUUAUGGGGAAAGACAAUGUUCCUUUCCAUACUGUUAUGUUUCCUUGUUCAUUAUUGGGUACGGACGAGGAAUGGACCCUACUGCAUCAUAUAAGCACGACUGAAUAUCUUAAUUAUGAAAAUACGAAGUUUUCCAAAUCUCGCAAUAUUGGAGUAUUUGGUGACGAUGCAAAGGAUACUGGAAUACCUGUUUCUGUCUGGAGAUAUUAUUUGAUUUCAAGUCGCCCAGAAACAAAUGAUUCUAUAUUCACUUGGAAAGAUUUUAUUGUCAGGAAUAAUAAUGAAUUGUUGGCCAAUCUUGGAAACUUUGUCAAUCGUGUAAUGAAAUUCGUCGCAGCAAAAUAUGAUAGCACUAUCCCAUCUUUCUCUUAUGAUUCCGAAUCCGAACAAACACUCGUAAAGAAUAUCAAUAAAUUGUUGACGAAUUAUAUUGAAGCGUUAGAAAAUAUAAAAUUACGCGCAGGUCUUGAAACAGCUAUGGAGAUUUCGCGAGAGGGCAAUGGUUAUCUGCAGGAAUCAAAACUUGACAACACUUUGUUUGCAAACAACCCUGAGAAAUGCGCUUCGGUCAUUGGUGUCUCUAUAAAUUUGAUUUAUCUCCUUUCCGCCUUAUUUAGUCCAUAUAUGCCGUCCACCACUGAGUCCAUUGUCCGUCAAUUAAAUGCACCAUUGAGGAAUAUUCCUGAUACGUUUACAAUGGAUAUUGAAGCUGGUCACCAAAUUGGCAAAGCUGAAUAUCUUUUCAAGAGGAUUGAUGAAAAAUUGGCUGAGGAAUAUAGUAAAAAAUUUGGUGGUGAAUCAAAGGACAACGACAAAAAAGCUGCUAAAAAAAACAAAAAAGCAUCUAAAACUGCUAAUAAUGUAAUAGCAACUGAAA